UAUCUACCUUUUGUUGUUAUCUGCAAAAUGUGUACACAAAGGUGUAUAAAAGUACUUGUAGGUGGGGAUAAGGGCAAUAUUGACUGCGUGGGGGCGUAAUUAUGUGAACAAAACAUCUCAAAUAUGACCCAAAUCUUAGGCAACGAAAAGCAGGGACUAGUUUUCGAAAUACUGUCAGCGCGAAUAUGUGACGAAGGCGAGGAAAGGAAACAUGUAGUGUACACGCUGCAAGUGCGUCACAUUUCAGGAAACGACGAUUUGAGCCCUUCGGUGGUGGAGCGGCGAUACACGCACUUCCUGAACCUUUACAGCGCCCUAAAGAAGGAACACCCGAACUUAAUGACCAAUGUUACAUUUCCCAAAAAAGUGAUAAUAGGAAACUUUGAUAAUGAGCUGAUUUCCACCAGAAGCACGGGCUUUGAGUCCCUGUUGAGGCACAUUUGCACCGAAUCUAAACUGCGAGCGUCUAAGGCUUUAGUCGAGUUCCUUCAAGGCGUUGAAGUGGAGAAAGCACGGACGUUUUUGGAAAAACGGGACUUUUCGUCCGCUUUGCCGCUGCUUGAAAACAAUUUUAAACUACUAAACAAAUUUUAUACUGAUCGGUCGCCGGUCGUGCUUAUCGCUUUAUGUAGACUGUUAGGGUGCUGCAUGUCAAUUCCCGAGUGUUCACAAUGCCAAAAAUGGGCUGAUUUAGCCCUACAUAGAUAUGAGGGGGUUAGUGAUAGUGAUUUGUUGGAGUUGUAUGUACCUUUAUUGAAUGCUUGUAUCACAAUUUGGUGGCAGAAUGGACGAAAUAAAGAUCUGCUUGAGCAGCGGUUGCAAGAUUUGAAGAGACAAGGGGUCAAAAUCAAUCCGCAAUCGACUUUGUUGGACGAAGUGAAGGCAGUGGAGGGAAAGAUAUUUGGGUUGUAGCAAUUUUCACACCAGUGUUGUGUACUUAAUUAGCAUCGCGAUAUUUUACUGAUAUUGUUAACGUAUUUAUUUUGGAGUUUUAUUUGUUUGACGACUGAUAUUUGCAGUUAUGGGUAGCAAUACUCAAUAUUUUCUGUUUUAUUCACGCCUGAAUAUACAUCUUGUUUAUUU